UCGGCUGACUAGUUUAGCUGAGAUCUUGGAUUCCGUUUCGUUCUUCAACACGAUUUGUACACAAAAUUCUUUUGUUUGUGAGCGCUAUAAAAGUGUUGGUCCGCAACUCUAGGGGCAUCAGUAAGCGCUGGCUUAGCAUCACUGAACGACCAACAACUACUACCACUAGCUCGUCAUGCGUCCAUUCGUCAUUUGCUCCGCGCUGCUGGCCCUCGCCGCCCUGGGCGUGGCCAGUCCUUUGAGCAACACCUAUCUGCCACCACAGGCCAAUGCGUACAGCGGCUACAGCUCGGCGGGAUCGAGCGGCGUCGCCUCCUAUACACCAUCCAGCUCCUACUCGUCGAGCUCGCUGGGCUCCAGCUAUGCAACGCCAUCGCGACAGUAUCUGGCACCGGCUGCAUCCCUCAGCAGCUACUCGACCGCAGGCGCCAGCAGCUACUCUGCCCCAGCCAUCUCACACGGCAGCUACAGCUCGGCUGGCUCCACCUAUGCAGCUCCGUCGCGCCAAUACCUGGCUCCAGCUGUCUCUCGCAGCAGCUACUCCGCUCCUGCCAUCUCCCAUAGCAGCUACUCCGCUCCUGCUGUCUCUCACAGCAGCUACUCAUCCGCUGCCUCUACAUAUGCUCCAUCUCGCCAGUACUUGGCCCCAGCCCAGAGCAGCUACUCCGCUCCAGCUGUCUCUCGCAGCAGCUACUCCGCUCCAGCUGUUUCGCAUGUGAGCUACUCCGCUCCAGCUGUCUCUCGCAGCAGCUACUCCGCUCCUUCUGUCUCUCGCAGCGGCUACUCAUCCGCUGCCUCCACAUAUGCUCCCUCCCGGCAGUACCUGGCACCAGCCCAGAGCAGCUACUCUGCUCCAGCUGUUUCGCACGUCAGCUACUCCGCUCCAGCCGUCUCACGUAGCAGCUAUUCCUCGCCAGCUCGUUACGCCUCCUCCUUUGGCCAGGGCCUCGGUGGCUACGCUGCGAGCUCUUCGGCCUCGGCGCGCAGCUUUGGUCAGGGCUUUGGUGGAUCUCGCUACGGAGGCGGCAGCUCCCAUGGUGCUGGCGGCACCCGCUACGCUGCCAACGGUGGUUACGCGUACCGUCAUAAGCAUUAAGCUGAUCUCCACAAUUUCUGAUUGAAUCGGGCUAAAGGUUAACAACAAAACGAAUUUCCAAGAAAAAUCAUUUUUUUUUUUAAAUUAAGUUUCUUAAUUAGU